AUGUUAAAUUAUUUAGCAAUAUAUGAUCCCCUAAGAUCAACUAACGAAGAUGACACAUUCAAGCAAUUAAUACUGUAUCAUUCUUUUAAUGAAAUUGAACAUUCUUUAAAUGAAAAAUUGGCUAAUAUAGGUAUCUUACAGGGUAUUUGGAAUCUGACUGAUACUCUAAUCGGUGAUGAUAAAGGUAAAGGUAAGAUAAUUGAAUUAAGUGAAAAUGAAGUCUUAAUGGUUAUAACUUUUGAAAAACAUUAUUUUUUUGCAUUGGAUAUUACAACAGCUGAAAAUAUUCCACAGCAAUACUGGCUGACAAAUAUGUGGUUAUGUUAUAGAUUCUUCAUCUUACAAUACAAUUAUUUUAAGAAUUACGAAGCAGGAAAUAAUUUAACUAAAUUAACAAAUGACUUAAAUGAAUAUGUUAUACCCUUUUGGCAAGAUCUAGUCUCGAAUCCAACGUCAAUGUUUAAAAAAAAUUGGUAUACUGUUUACAACGACUGUUAUAAAAUUUCAGAGUUAGAAUUCAAAAAUACAAAUAAAUCCUGGGAAUCACAGAUUAAUCAAAGUAUCCUUUUACAAGAUGAAAAUUACUUGGGGAUAAAAGAUAUUCUAGUCUAUCAUUUGCCAAGUUUACAGUAUAAUAAUGCAUAUAACACAAAAAACUUUGGUUUUGUUAAAAAUUUCACAAAUGAAUUGGAAAACUUAUCUGACUUAUCAAAUUGGAUUUAUCAUUUACAUUCAACGUAUGGUGUGUUAUCUAGCCACGUUUUAUCAGGAAAUGUGCAUUAUAUUUCUAAAUCUAAUAUUGAAUUAUUGGGGAACGAUGCUGAUUUUACAGCUAAUUCUAGUGAGCAUAUAGAUGGGAAUAAUGACAGUCAAAUCAACGAAUCAACAGAAAAUAACUCUAAUAGCAAUACCUUUAAUGAACAGACAAAAAAUAUUAUACAUAAUAUCACUCUCCCUGUUUCUUUUGCAUAUGAUACAUUUCAAGAAGUUGGUGUAACUACAGGGAUAUCUAAAAGCAUGUCAUUGAUGUUAGAUUACGUUCCAAAGUUUUCAUUUUCUAGAAAUUCCAAAAAUCAAGGCAAUGAUGUUACUAAUGGUAAUGGUAAUGGUACUUUAGUGGUAAAUAAAGAUAAAAAUAUUUCUCAUGGAUUUCUAAUAUCACCCUGGGCGAAUAAAUAUUUACCUUACGAUUAUAAAGUUAAAAGAUUGAAUUUGAAGUAUAAUGAUAUCCAAUUAUCAAAAAAUCAAACAGAAUCUUACAAUUGUUUAUUUUGGUAUUUUCAAGAUGUUCUAGUGAUAAUUGCAUGUGAUCCUAAUUUUAAAAGCAUUUGGAAUCAUGAAUACCUUUCUGAUUUAAAUUAUAAAUUGUAUGAGAGUAUGGUAACAUUGUAUGAAACUGCAACCGAACCAAGCUUUUCAUCGAAUUCCAAUGAAUCAUUUGCUUAUACUGUAAUUGACAAGAAGAAGAGAACAAUACAUUCAUCUAUACCUGCAUGGAUCUCGAAUGGAUCAGAAGCUGCUACCGAGAAUAUGUUUUCCCAGUUAAUAAUUAAUGGAGUUGAUCAGUUAUUUGGGACAAAUUCUUUUGAAAACAUUUCACAGAUAACAGAUAUUGGCGGCAUUACCUCAAUGGGGAACUGGUUUUGUAGGGAUAACAAAGCACUUGUGGAUAAUGGUAAUGGCAAUAAAACUAAUUUUAAAAAACAAGAGAAUUUAAUCGCAGUUCAUAAAAACUUUUUAUUUGCAAUGCCAAAUUUCAAACUAUUGGAAUUACAUAAUGAGUUAUUACAAUUUAAUGAAAAUAUUGAAAAAUCACAAUGUCGCGAUGAUAUUAGACAGAGACAAUUGAUGAAAUUAAGUAAUGGUCUGUUAUGUUAUAUUGAGAAUAGUGGUGACAAACUUGAAUUUCUUAUUAGAAAUUGGUAUGAUGACUCUAAUGUUUCGCCGAAGCUUAAAAAUAUGCAACAGAAUCAUAUGCUUAAUGAUUUUGGAAAGGAUGUAUUAAAAUGGAAAGAUUCUCAAGUUGAGUAA